AUGGCGCCUGCUGAAGUUAUCUACCAAGAAGCGCCUCCAUGGAAGGGGGCUGCAAACAAUCUGCUUUUGGAAAAGGACGAGACGGAGAAGCAGCUUGAAAAACUUGUAUUUGGUGACCACGUCGGCUUUCACGAGAACCUGAAGCUCGUUGGCGACCCCAAUGGCCUUUCAAAUGAAGAGUACAAAGAUUUAGUCGAACAAGCCUCCGUUCAUGGGUCAGACGAGGAAAGUUUGGGGGAUGUAGACGAUUCGCAGCUCUUCUUUUUAGACUCAGGACCUUCUAAAGUCAAUGGAUCUAAGUUGGUAAAGCCAACGCUUCAGAAUGAAGCGGACGGAUCAGACGACGAGCCAGCCUGGAUCGACAGCGACGACGAACGUCUUGUCAUCUCACUCGCGUCCAACUCUCGGCUAAGAAAGUUGAGAGUCACAGAGGCAGAAGAUCUAGUAAACGGCAAAGAAUACACGAAGCGAUUGAGACAGCAGUUCGAGCGACUCUAUCCUCCACCUGAAUGGGCCAAUCCUUCGGCAAGAAAGCAGAAACGCAGAAAAUCUAAUGCAUCGGACGGCUUUGAGCAAUCUCCAGCUGACGACAUGUCAAUUGACUCAGACGAUCUGUCAGCCCAGCCUCUGGACAAGCUUCUUCAAUCUACCGCACCCCUCACACAACAAUCCUUUACGAUUCCCGGCGGAAGAAGAAAACUCCGCCCGGAAAAGAUAGACGUCCACCGGCUCAAAGACAUUGGUGGCACUCAGCCCGUACUCCCCCCUCCUGUCCCCUCCCAUCCCUUCCCCUCCUCUUCCGCCCUAUGA